UCAUUGGUAAUUGUGGCAUUGGAGACGAACAACGCGCUUUUUGUUCAUGAGAGAGCGGAUUCUGUAGUCUGAGAGAGUGUUAUAUAUAUUUUUAUACGCUUAAAUCCUGUUAAUUUCAUUUGGUAAAAAAGGAUUUUUUUCGGUGUUUAAUUAGUUUUGUACAGAAAAAAGCGAAAUAAUUUUGCAAAAAUGGAUACGGCACGAUUAGCUGAGAUGAUGAGAGCCACGCUGUCAGAGGACAAAAUUCAGCGUGAUGCAGCUGAGGAACAAUUGAAGCAGGUAUGCAAAAUUAUCGGAUUUGUUCCAUCAUUGCUGCAAAUCGUGAUACAAGCCGAUGUUCCGUUGCCAGUGCGGCAGGCUACUGCGAUUUUCUUAAAAAAUUUCAUCACCCGAAAUUGGCUAGAAAAGGAUGUAGAUGGAACACAAAUGGAAUUUUCAAUUCACGAACAAGAUCGUACAUUGGUGCGCAACAACAUCAUCGAAUCUUUGAUUCAAUCACCGGAAAUGUUGAACAAUCGAAAUAUCUACAUUCACAUUGCUACAUGCAUUUAUCAUAUAAUCAAAUGCGAUUACCCGGGUCGAUGGCCAGAAGUUAUCGAAAAGGUUCGCAUUUACUUACAAAAUAACAAUUACCAAAGCUGGACGGGAGCCGUACUGGUUUUGUAUCAGCUCGUUAAAAAUUAUGAAUAUAAAAAAGCGGAUGAACGUGGACCACUCGAUGAGGCAAUGAACAUUUUGCUACCAAUUAUCUACGAAUUAAUGGUUAAUUUGAUGCAAAAUACAGAACAAACCGAAGAAUGCGUCCUCUUGCAAAAGAAUAUUUUGAAAAUUUACUAUACACUCAUUCAAUUCUGUUUGCCACUGGACUUAAUCACUCAAGACGUAUUCUCAAAAUGGAUGGAAAUUUGUCGGUUCAUUAUCGAUUGCCCAGUACCUGUUGAUAUCACCAAUUUGGAUGAAGAAGAACGAUUGGAAUUGCCAUGGUGGAAAGCAAAGAAAUGGGCAUUACACAUUUGCGUUCGUACAUUCGAACGUUAUGGUAGCCCUGGAAAUGAAGUGAACAAAGAUUAUAAAAAAUUUUCCGCAUGGUAUUUGCCAACAUUCACUCGUGCCAUUUUGGAAUCACUUCUCAAAGUCUUGAACUCAUAUCGCAACAAUAUCUACGUAUCGCCAAGAGUUCUGACGGAAGUGUUGAGCUACAUGAAAAUUGCAGUUUCACACGGAUACUCAUGGAAUACUCUUAAGCCUCAUAUGCUACCAAUUAUUCAAGAAAUCAUAUUCCCAAUUAUGCAAUACAGCGAAGAAGAUGAAGACCUUUAUCAAAACGACACAAUUGAAUACAUUCGCCGAAAGUUUGACAUUUAUGAUGAUUACUCAACACCCGUACCAGCCGCACAAGUUUUGUUCUUAUCAUGCUGCAAAAUUCGAAAAGGUAUUUUAAAUCAAGCCAUUGGGUUCCUCAACUCGAUCAUUCGAGAAAAUACAGAGCCAAGAAAGCGAGAUGGUGCUCUCUAUAUGAUUGGUUCAAUUGCUGAAGUUCUAUUAAAAAAGAGAGAAUACCGUGAUCAAAUUGAACAAAUGUUAACUGAAUAUGUAUUCCCCGAAUUCCAAAGUCCACAUGGUCAUAUGCGUGCCCGUGCAUGUUGGGUGUUGCAGGCAUUCAGUGAAGUUGAAUUUAAAAACCAAGAGAUUUUGGGACAAAUUUUACGCCUUGCUACAAAUGCAUUAUUAACGGAUCCAGAUUUACCAGUCAAAGUUGAGGCUGCGAUCGUUCUACAAGUUUACCUAUCAUCACAAGAUGGUGAAGCGCAUGAAAUCGUAAAGAGUGCCAUUCUUGGCCUAAACAUUCAAAACAUUACCAUGGAAUUGUUGAAAAUUAUUCGAGAAACGGAAAUCGAUGAUUUGAAUACAGCUAUGCAAACGGUUGUCGGUACAUUCUCCGAACAUUUAGCACCAAUUGUUGUCGAUAUUUGCCGGCAUUUAGAAGAAAUGUUCAAAGAAUUAAUGCAGGGACCGGAAGGUUCCGAUGAUCGCGAAGAAACCGCAAACGGUUUGCUUGGAACUAUCGAAAAAUUGUUGGCUGUUUUCGAGGAGAAUGCCGAAAUUGCCGCCAAAUUACAACCAUGUGUCAUUGCAGUUAUUCGAUUAAUCUUAGAAAAUCAACGCACAUAUUUCUAUGAAGAAGCAUUUUCACUGUUGUACGAUUUGACAUCAAAGACCAUUUCAGUGGAUAUGUGGCUAAUGUUGGAAAUUGUCUAUAAAACAUUCAAGGAAAGCGCGUUUGAUUGUUUCUUGGACUUAAUGCCAGCUUUGCACAACUAUAUUACAAUUGAUACGGAAGCCUUUUUGGCUGAUGAACGUCGUGUAGGUGUUAUUUUUGAUAUGUGCAAAGUCGUUCUAACAUCAUCGGAGGCCGGUGAAGAUGCUGAAUGUCAUGCGGCCAAAUUAAUCGAAGUAAUCAUACUACAAUGUAAAGGCCGCAUCGAUAAAUGUAUACCAAUAUUCACUGAAUUGGCAGUUACGCGUCUUAUGCAAGAAGUCAAAUCAUCCGAAUUACGUACAAUGUGCUUGCAAAUUUUGAUUGCAGCCCUUUACUAUGAUCCAGUAUUGCUGAUCAAUAUUCUAAAAGAUCAUCAUCACAACAACGAACCACUAAUUUCUCAUUUUAUCAAACAAUGGAUUAAAGAUACAGAUUGUUUCUUGGGCAUUCAUGAUCGUAAACUCUAUGUUUUGGGUUUGUGUCAGGCAAUCAGUUUGGGUGGAGAAAAGCCAUAUGUAUUGAGUGAAGUGGCCGGUGAAAUUUUACCAUCGCUUCUACUCAUUUUCGAAGGUUUAAAACGAGCUUAUCAAUCACGUGCACAAGAAGGCGAAGAAGAAGAAUCCGAUGAUGAAGAAGGCGAAGAUUUCGAAGAAGCACUUUCUAGUGACGAAGAUGAAGUUGACGAAAAUAACACGUCUUAUUUAGAUAAUAUUAAAAAUUUCGCCACCAAAAAGGCUAGUCAAAGUGGAUUUGAAAUAUCGGCCGAAAUUAAGGAUGAUGAUGAAGAUUCCGAUGAUACGGAAGAGUAUUCAGAUUUUGAACUUGACGAAACGACGUUAGAAACAUAUUUGACUCCAAUCGAUGAUGAGGAUGGUGACAAUCCAAUCGAUGAAUACAUUGCUUUCCAACAAGUUAUAUUAAAUCUUCAAGCUCAGGAUCCACAAUACUAUGCUCUAAUAACUAGUAAAUUGAGCGCUGAACAACAAAAAGGUUUAAAUGAUGUCAUUGUUACCGCCGAACAGAAAAAAGCGCAAUAUAAUUCGAAACAAAUUCAAAAACAAGGAGGAUACCAAUUCGCAACACCAAUGGGGCCACCACCAACCAAUUUUAACUUCAGCUCUUAAGUUCAUUAAAGAAUAUUAUAUAUACAUAACACACAAACAAACACAUAUACACAUAGAAAUGUGUGAAAACCACUUUAAAGUCCAUUAUUUUUGUAAUGUGUUAGGUAUUCACAAAUGAAGAGGUCAUUUCAACUUUAUACCAAUUUUCUUUACUAACUGAGAGAUUAGAAGAAAAAAAACGAUUAAAUUAACUCCGAAAAAAAAAGAAAGAUGAACGAUUUAUUAACACACGAAGAAUAUUAGUUUGAUUCGCUUGAUUUAGUUGUAAUUGGCAUUUAAAAAUUUAUUUUUAGCUUUCUGUUUUUAAAUUACGAAUUAUAUUGUAAUAUGCGAAAAUAAAUUGAUGGAAUAUUAUUGAGAAUAAGAAAGGCGUAAGCCUAAAAUCAAAUGAAAACCCAAAUCAA